ACCAAAGAAAAACCGCAGAACUCACAGAAUAGAAAGUUAAAGGUUAUGUAAUGAAUUGUAAACACCUAUAAAGUGUAUAUAACAUAGUAACAAACCGUAAAAAUGUUUCCCGUGGGACGCAGCAACUUGUUGUUUCGAAUAAUUAAUGAAGUAAAUUCUAAUUGCAAAUAUCAUAGCAUACAGAGGUUAAAUUGCUUAUCCAACCUGAAGAAUUUGCCGGUUAUUAAAAGGAAUUUCUUCAAUUUGUUCAGAAAACCAAGCAAAAACCAGCUUAGAUUAAAAGACAAGGUUCCCGAUGGUUAUGAGCUGAUUUACAGAAAUAUUGCAGACCGUUACAUUUUUUUAUGCCAGUUAGUAAAUGGUGUGACUAUUUUAGUAGUUGGGGUAGUAACUAUGUUGGAUUUAGAUCAAGCCCAAAAGCUUCAGUUUAACCCAAAUGACCAGCUAAAAGUUGCACACAAACAGACAGCAAAAGAAAUUGUUGUUUACAUUUCAGUCUUCAUUGUCAUUUAUGUGAUACUGCAACUGCUUGUAUCGCAAGUACCAGUGAGAGUUUACUGUUGUCCCAAAUCCCAAAAAUACUUGAGCAUAUUUUAUGGAAAUUUACCAUUUACAAUGAGACGGUUGCAAUUUCAAGUUGGAGAUGUGAAGCAAGCUUCUAACAAUUUUAUGAAACUACCUUGGACAGAGUAUCAGUACGAGAUAAAGGACCAACAAAAAAUUAUUCUGUUAGAACAAUAUUUUAGAAGACCAGCCGAUUUGUUUAUUAUGCUUGGAACACAAAGGGAUCCUGAUGUGGAAAAGGAUAAAUAAACUCUGUGGAAAUUUU